AUGGCCGAAGAAAAAGAAACCGAAUCCCAAUCGCAGACGCGCUACCUCAUCCGUCAGCCAUUGGCGCUCCAAUGGUUCGACAACGGGAAGCUCGUCAAACGAUGCGAGCAGGAGCGACAAGCUGGCCGCUUCGAGCUCUUCCUCGAUUUGUUGUACGUCGCAAUCCUCGCCAACUUCGCCGAGAGUCUCGCCGAGGACGUCACGGGCGUCAAGCUCGUUAAAUACAUUUUGAUACUCGCCCCCUCAUGGCACGUCUGGUCCGACCUCCGUGAACUCAUGAACAGCUUCUACAACGAUGAUCUCCUGCAACGCAUCCUGAUCCUCUGGAUCAUGGCCGUCCUGAUCGUCUACGGCAACAACGCGACGCUCGUUGACGAAGAGAUAUCCGCCAUGCGCUCCACCGUCGGCGCAUACAUGGUUGCGCGCAUGACCGCCAAUCUGGCGCAUUUAUUCUACUCGUUUAGCAGCUACCACCACCGCGCGCAACAACGGCUGUGGUUCGUCAUGUCGAGCGUCGCAUUGUGUGUAUACAUUCCGCUGUAUUUCGAGAGUGUCUCGCUCCGCAAUAAGAUUGCUGUUGCCGCUGUUGCCGAGGUGCUGGAAGAAUCAAUAUGGAUGUUCUGCUACUCCCCGCUCGCGAAAAGGAUGCUUCGCGCCCGGUACACCACAGCCGUCGACAUUGCGCACGAAAUCGACCGAUUCGCCGCAUUCUACAUUAUCGCACUUGGCGAGUUUCUGUAUACCAUCAUCGUCGGCUCGCCUGCCGCAGUCGGAUUUAAUCUCUCCCUUCUGAGAGCGGUAUGGACGCUUGUGAUUGCUUUCUGUCUGAAUUGGAUGUAUGUCCAUAACGACUGCGCGAUCGAUUAUACGCAUCCGAUCAGACACAGUGUAGGAAGGGCGUUUACGUGGGUUUCGCUGCAUCUGCCGCUCAUUGCAAGUUUGUUGGCUGGCGGACAUGUCGCGGCUGCUAGUGCCAAAUCUUACGACAGUACCACCACUACUACUGAUAGCAGCAGUAGCAGUAGCAGCAGCGAGAAAAGAGCAACCAGCGAAGGACAAACCCAAGCCUUCGACGAUGGUCAGCGCUGGCUUCUCUGCGCCAGCCUCGGCGUCGGCCUAUUCGUGCUCUACGCCAUGGCGCUGCUCUACUCUUCCAACGACGGCGAUUGCCAGCUUCUUCUCCCCAAACAUUUCAGAAUCAUUAUGCGACCUGUCGUCGGGUUGAUAUUGGUAUUACUUCCGCUCGCAAAAUCGUUGAAUUUGACGGAGACACUCUCCGUGAUUAUGGCGUUGGUAGUGUUUUGCCUUAUUUGGGAGAAUGUGUCGAGUUUGCAGCGUGGGGCGAAAUUUUGGGAGGUUUGGAGGGAUACGGGGUAUCCAGAGGGUGGGAACAGGGCGCAUAAACAUGAUCAUGCGGCUAGUGAGGACAGGGAGGUGAAUGCUGAGCUGGGACGGGGUUCUGAGGGGGUGGAAAGUGCUAGUGCUGAUAACAACGGCUUCAAGGGAUGA